UAGAUGAUAGGUUUGUCCAACUUCUUGUCAUAUUUGUAAUCGCUCGCAGCAUCAUUACUUUGAGCCGCUCUCCUAUCAUCUCCCUUCAACUUACAUACCGCAUCCCGACCCUCCUUCACCAUGGCCGCCGAACCCCCCGCCAAGAAGAAGUGCCUAGGCGCAGACUGCGAUAACGAGGCUGGCGCGCUGCAGUGCCCGACAUGUUUGAAGCUUGGCAUCAAGGACAGCUUCUUCUGUGCCCAGGAUUGCUUCAAGAGGAACUGGAGCACCCACAAGUCCCUGCACAAAUCACAAAUCACCGGCUACUACAAUCCUUUCCCGAGCUUCCCCUUCGCCGGCACGCUGCGCCCCGUCUAUCCUCUGUCCGAGCAUCGUACCAUUCCCAAGUCGAUUCCUCAUCCCACUUGGUGGCAAGACGGCGACCCCAAGUACAGCCGGUCACUGGUCAACCGCAACAAGAUCGAUGUCCACGAUGCAAAGGGCAUUGCUGCGAUGCGCAAGGUCUGCAGGCUAGCGCGUGAGGUCCUCGAUCUUGCCGCCGCCGCAGCCAAGCCCGGCGUCACGACCGACUUCAUCGACGAGCUUGUUCACAAGGCUUGCAUAGAGCGCGAGUCUUACCCUUCACCCCUCAACUACAACCACUUCCCCAAAUCAUGCUGUACUUCCGUCAACGAAGUCAUCUGCCACGGUAUUCCCGAUCAGCGCAUUCUCCUCGACGGCGAUAUCCUCAACAUUGACAUCAGCUUGUACCAUGGUGGAUACCACGCCGAUCUUAACGAGACAUACUACAUUGGCGACAGGGCCAAGGCCGAUCCCGACAGCGUAAGAGUAGUGGAGGCAGCACGUGAGUCUCUCGACGAGGCCAUCAAGGCCGUCAAGCCGGGCGUCCUGAUCCGAGAGUUUGGAAACAUUAUCGAAAAGGUUGCAAAGCAAAAGGAUUGCAGCGUAAUUAGAACGUACUGCGGCCACGGCGUCGGAAAGCUCUUCCACUGCCCGCCCAACGUCCCGCACUAUGCCAAGAACAAGGCUGUGGGUGAGUGCAAGGUUGGAAUGACCUUUACCAUUGAACCCAUGAUCGCUCUGGGCAAGUACAGAGAUAUCACUUGGCCCGACAACUGGACCAGCACAACCAUUGACGGAAAGCGAACAGCCCAGUUCGAGCACACACUUCUUGUUACGGAAGACGGCUGCGAGAUUCUUACGGCACGGACGGCCGACUCGCCGGGUGGGCCGAUUCCCAUGCCGGAGAAGGUGGCCAAUGGAGAGUAAUUGACGCAAUGUACGAUCAAUUUGAAGCUUUGACGAAGUGAUUGAAUAUGAUUGAAUACCAUCAUUAUGUAGCGUAUUGUAUGAUGUGGGCAUCCUAGAAGUUAGCGAUAGGGUUCUGGCGUCGUGGUGUGCUGCGGAUGCAAUAGAUUGAUCGCUUUUUCUCUGCUACAAGGGUCGCUGUAGGCAUUGAUGCUGGGUCCCGCAUGAUUUAUGCGCAACGAGAAAUUGGACAAGUCUAGGCUCGUUGUUUAUCAGGCAAUUUUUGGAAAUUGAACAAGAUUAACCUCCAACGU